ACUUUUUGUUCCUUUCAAAAUUUGAUUUUAACCAAUGGUUCUUGGAUCCACGAAAAAGCAUUGACACCUUCACGUGGGGUUUGAUUUUCUAUGCCAUAUCUCGUCUUGCUUCCCAGAAAAUUUGAAUAUUGGAACAACUUUUGCUACAGAAUUGAGAGAAUUUAAUAGUGAUGGGAGAGGUUUCUUCGAUUACGUUGGCUCAUACUGUAAUUCCAGCGAGCGUGAAGCUUGGCGCUCCGGCGAGAGUAUCGGCUCGGAGCUCGUUACCGUUUAGUGUUGGAGAUUGGCGUGGUGUUUCUACAUUUUCUGGUGCUAGGCCCUUGGUUUUUGCCAAGGUGAAACAGAGAGGAGUGAGUAUUGAGGAUAAAGCUCCAAUUGAAGCUCCCAUGGAUGAUUCUACUGAUCAGCUCGUUGAUGAGCAAUUUCUGCAAUUUGAAGAGCGUGAUUUUGCCGGCACACCAUGUGUUCCCGUAUAUGUUAUGCUACCAUUGGGAGUCAUUGAUAUGAACUCGGAAGUGGUUGAACCGGAAGAGCUUAUGGAUCAGUUAAGAACCCUAAAGUCGGUUAAUGUUGAUGGUGUUAUGGUCGACUGCUGGUGGGGAAUUGUGGAGGCUCAUACGCCACAGGUGUAUAAUUGGAGUGGCUACAAGAAACUUUUUCAGAUGAUACGCGAGCUUGGACUUAAGAUACAGGUUGUUAUGUCCUUCCACGAAUGUGGAGGCAAUGUUGGAGAUGAUGUGCAUAUACAAUUGCCCGAGUGGGUGAGAGAAAUAGGUCAAAGCAAUCCCGACAUAUACUUCACUGACAGAGCAGGCAGGCGUAACUCUGAAUGCCUUACUUGGGGACUUGACAAGCAACGGGUUUUAAGAGGAAGGACUGCUCUGGAGGUUUACUUUGACUACAUGCGAAGCUUUCGUGUGGAAUUUGAUGAAUUCUUUGAGGAUAAAAUCAUCACAGAAAUUGAAGUCGGACUAGGACCAUGUGGGGAGCUGAGAUAUCCUUCAUACCCUGAAGAACAUGGAUGGAAAUAUCCUGGUAUUGGUGAAUUCCAGUGUUAUGAUAAAUAUUUGAUGAAGAGCUUAAAGGAGGCUGCAGAGGUAAGAGGGCACAGCUUUUGGGGUAGAGGACCGGAUAACACCGAGUCUUAUAAUUCAACACCACAUGGGACUGGAUUCUUUCGCGACGGUGGUGACUACGACAGCUACUAUGGCAGAUUCUUUCUUAAUUGGUACUCGAGAGUUCUGAUUGACCAUGGUGAUCGUGUUCUUUCUAUGGCAAAUUUGGCUUUCGAAGGAAAUUGCAUCGCUGCAAAGCUCUCGGGUAUACACUGGUGGUAUAAAACAGCUAGUCAUGCUGCUGAACUAACUGCUGGCUUCUAUAACCCCUCAAACCGUGAUGGCUACGGUCCAAUAGCUGCGAUGCUGAAGAAACACGAUGCUGCUCUUAACUUCACAUGCGUGGAGUUAAGAACACUUGCUCAACAUGAGGAUUUCCCAGAGGCACUGGCCGACCCAGAAGGUCUAGUUUGGCAGGUCCUGAAUGCUGCUUGGGAUGCUGGUAUACCUGUUGCUAGUGAGAAUGCUCUUCCUUGUUAUGACAGAGAAGGUUACAACAAGAUUCUUGAAAACGCAAAGCCCCUUGACGAUCCUGAUGGUCGCCACCUUUCUUGUUUCACUUACCUGAGGCUUAACCCAACUCUGAUGCAGUCUCAAAACUUCAUAGAGUUCGAGAGAUUCGUCAAACGAAUGCAUGGUGAAGCUGUUCCGGAUCUUGGUUUGGUUCCAAGAACCCAAGAGGCCAAAUCCGAAUGAAUAUACAUAAAGUUAGUCAUGCUACUAAAAAACACUAGCACUAAUAGAUGAGUGCGUGGAUUAUGAAAAUAACAUCUUGGCCUGCCUUUACCAAUUCAAGUUUGUAGUUGUGACUUAAAAAUAAGUGAACUUGUAAAAUGGAUAGUGUAUAUAUAUAUAACAACAUUAAUGUUAUGUCC